CGAGUCCGCGUCUUCUCUUUGCGAGUCGUCUCCGCCAGCCGAGUCUCCGAGGAGCUCAAGAUUUUACCACGGGCGGCCGCUACGGAUGGACAGGAGCCGAGACGCAGCGCGCAAAGCGCAACGCGCGGCGGGAGGCGAAAUGGGGAGGGGAGGGCGGUCCGCGCGGGGGGGAGCGGGAAGGGACUCGAGUGGGGGAUUCGAGGGACGCUGCAGCCCCGCCCCCGCCCCGUCUUCUCCUCCUCUUCAGAACCGGAGGAGCCGGGGAGCAUGGACCAAACCCGGCUGCUCUGGAACCAUGACGCUCGCCUGCUUCGUGGUGGCUCUGGUUCUAGGGGCGCUCCCCGAAGUGAUCGGCUUUGAUCUAGUCGUCACUUACCCCCUCCACCACCGCUAUCGCCAUUCGCCCCCGGCAAGUCCCCGGCACCCUCAUUACCUUCCCACCCAGCAGCGACCACAGAGGACGCCUCCGCCGCCCCCAGUCCCGCGCGUCCCGCGCCCCCCGCCCGCGAUGCAUGCCCAGCGCCUGCACGCCCUCCACGCCGGGCGCACGCCGGGGCCGCACCACCGGGACUGCCCCGCCGGCGAGCCCUGGGUCAAUGUGACGGACUUCGGCGCCCCUUGUCUGCGCUGGGCAGAGGUGCCGCCCUUCCUCGAGCGGUCGCCCCCAGCGAGCUGGGCUCAGCUGCGAGGGCAGCGCCACAACUUCUGCCGGAGCCCGGACGGCGCGGGCCGACCGUGGUGCUUCUAUGGGCACGCCCACGGCAAGGUGGACUGGGGCUACUGCGACUGCAGACACGGGUCAGUGCGGCUUCGAGGUGGCAAACAUGAGUUUGAAGGCACCGUGGAAAUAUAUGCAAAUGGAACUUGGGGCACAGUCUGUGGCAGCCACUGGGAUGAUUCUGACGCCUCCGUCAUUUGUCACCAGCUGCAGCUGGGGCGAAAAGGAGUUGCAAAACAAACCCCAUUUUCUGGACUGGGCCUUAUUCCCAUUUAUUGGAGCAAUGUCCGUUGCCGAGGAGAUGAAGAAAAUAUACUGCUUUGUGAAAAAGACAUCUGGCAGGGUGGGGCGUGUCCUCAGAAGAUGGCAGCUGCUGUCACAUGUAGCUUUUCCCAGGGCCCGACGUUCCCCGCCAUACGCCUCGUGGGUGGGAGCAGCGCGCGGGAAGGCCGAGUGGAAGUCUACCAUGCUGGUCAUUGGGGGACCGUCUGUGAUGACCAGUGGGAUGAAGCAGACGCAGAGGUGAUCUGCAGGCAGCUGGGCCUGAGUGGCAUUGCCAAAGCAUGGAAUCAGGCGUAUUUUGGGGAAGGCUCUGGUCCAAUCGUGUUGGAUGAGGUACGCUGCACUGGGAAUGAGCUUUCUAUUGAGCAAUGUCCAAAGAGUUCCUGGGGAGAGCAUAACUGUGACCAUAAGGAAGAUGCUGGAGUGUCCUGUACCCCUCUAACAGAUGGAGUCAUCCGACUUGGAGGUGGUAAAGGCAGCCACGAGGGCCGCCUGGAGGUGUAUCACCGGGGACGGUGGGGGACUGUCUGUGAUGAUGGCUGGACUGAGCUGAAUACAUACGUGGUUUGCCGACAGCUGGGAUUUAAAUAUGGCAAACAAGCCUCUGCAAACCACUUUGAAGAAAGCACAGGGCCCAUAUGGUUGGAUGACGUCAGCUGCUCAGGGAAGGAGUCCGGUUUGGUUCAGUGUUCCCGGAGGCAGUGGGGAAGGCACGACUGCAGCCAUCGGGAGGAUGUUGGCAUCACCUGCUACCCUGGUGGCAAUGGAUACAGACUAUCUCUGGGUUUUCCUAUCAGACUGAUGGAUGGAGAAAAUAAGAAGGAAGGACGAGUGGAGUUGUUCAUCAAUGGCCAGUGGGGAACCAUUUGUGAUGAUGGCUGGACUGACAAGGAUGCAACUGUGAUCUGUCGUCAGCUUGGCUACAAGGGCCCUGCCAAAGCAAGAACCAUGGCUUAUUUUGGAGAAGGAAAUGGACCCAUCCAUGUGGACAAUGUGAAGUGUACAGGAAACGAGAGGUCCCUGGCUGACUGUAUCAAACAAGAUAUUGGAAGACAUAACUGCCACCACAGUGAAGAUGCAGGAGUCAUUUGUGAUUAUUUUAGCAAGAAGGCAACAGGUAACAGUAAUAAAGAAUCCCUCUCGUCUGUGUGUGGCUUGAGAUUACUGCACCACCGGCAGAAGCGGAUCAUUGGUGGGAAAAAUUCUUUAAGGGGUGGCUGGCCUUGGCAAGUGUCCCUCCGGCUAAAGUCAUCCCAUGGAGAUGGCAGGCUUCUUUGUGGGGCCACGCUCCUCAGUAGCUGCUGGGUCCUUACAGCGGCGCACUGCUUCAAGAGGUAUGGUAACAGCACAAGGAACUAUGCUAUUAGGGUUGGGGAUUAUCAUACUUUGGUGCCAGAAGAAUUUGAAGAAGAAAUCGGAGUUCAGCAGGUUGUGAUUCAUCGGGGCUAUCGACCUGACAGCAGUGACUAUGACAUCGCUCUGGUUAGAUUAGAAGGACCAGAAGAGCAAUGUGUUAAAUUUAGCAGCCAUGUUUUGCCGGCCUGUUUGCCACUCCGGAGAGAGAGGCCACAGAAAACCGCCUCCAACUGUCACAUAACAGGAUGGGGAGACACAGGAAAAGCUUAUUCAAGAACUCUACAACAAGCAGCCAUCCCCCUGCUUCCCAAGAGGUUUUGUGAAGAACGUUAUAAGGGUCGGUUUACAGGAAGAAUGCUCUGUGCUGGAAAUCUGCAGGAACAGAAACGUGUUGACAGCUGCCAGGGAGACAGUGGAGGACCACUCAUGUGUGUUCGGUCAGGAGAGAGUUGGGUUGUAUAUGGGGUGACCUCCUGGGGGUAUGGCUGUGGAGCCAAGGAUUCACCUGGUGUCUAUACCAAAGUCUCAGCCUUUGUACCUUGGAUAAAAAGUGUCACCAAAUUAUAAUUCUUCACAGAAAUCUGAAGGGAAUGUUGGAAAUUUUCAACCUCUACAUUAGCACUCAACCAGAGAUGCCAACUUAUGGGGAUGAGAGCCAUGUUCCUGCUUUUGUGUUGUGAUUAAAUAAUGUACACCAUUGCUGCUUGAGAAAUUUGUGAUGUGAACAUUCUUUGUUAGAUACCUCAGUGUAGUACUAAUUAUUCUUGAUUAGCAUUGUUGAAUCUUUAUUCUCAUCACUCUCCAGAGAUUACUGUAUGUCAGUUGUGCAAUAAGGCGGUCUUCAUUUGGCUUUCGAGUUUAUAAUUGGAUCAAUACAGUUUAUUAAAAACAGUAUUGUGUAAUUAAGCUCAGAUUUUCUUCAAGACUGAGAAAUUUCCACAAUGAAAUCUCUGUAGCCUUUGAUAAAUGAGGAAAUCAAGGGCCAAAAAGGUGAAGGAAUCCAUUAUAAACCCAAACUGGAACAGGAUCAGUCACAAGACAUUCCUGAAUGAAGCCUUUGUACCAUGCAACAUAUUCUAGUUACCUACCAAAAUUUGGAAUACCAGAGAGUCAGGAAUGCCUUCAAAUUGUUGGGAUGUACAACUUAAUUUAUCCAUCUUAUUUGUUAACAUCCUCUAGCAGUUACUUUCAGCUACCCUAAGAUUUACAGCUUUCUUUAUUUUUCCUUGGCAUCAUGCCAAUUUGCUGUACCAUGACUGAAGAGUGCCAUCUAUUGCCAACUUUCUUGUAAUGACCAAAACAUGUAGAUUUCUACUGUCCUGUCCCAGCUAGUAAAAAUAACUAUUAAAAAAGCUUUCUCUGCUCAUGUAGUGGGAAAAAAACUAACUUGUAUCCACUGGUUUAAUUCAUAUACCACCUAUGUGCCAGGCCCUGCAUUAAGGGACUAUGCACCUCACUGAUAAUUUACAAAAGGUUGGUAAGAAACACACCCAGAGGCCAAGGUAAGCCCGUGGGAUCCAGUACUGACCCAGUACUAAUAAUGUUCUUUCCUCCCUCCACUGCGGUCUGCAGGCCAUUUUCCCCUUUGGCUAUUUCCCAAACCAGUAAGGGACAGCUGCUUAGCAUGUACCCUUUCAGGACAUUCCUGAUAGCAAAGCAAAAAAGCUCUGCUCAAACACAGAAGGCAUGCCCCUCAGGCUCCCUAAGCAAUCACCACCAGAUUAUGAUUGCUAACAUGAAGAGCCCUUAGGUGGUUUAAACAGUUUUUGUAUAUCCAAGAAAUAGAUGCAUUAAGACAGGUAAAAAGGUCAGUGUGAACUUUAGGAUCAAGAUCAGUUAAGUAAUCCUCUUCAAAGGCUAAAUCCACAUGAACGGGACUUCAAUACUUUCUCCACUGCAUCCACUUGUGUCCUUUUUGUAAAAAACUGGUGCUAUCAUAAAGGUGCUUUAAUAGUGUACAGAACUGCAAUGCUGUUAUCAGGCAGAACAUUAAAUCUUUUCUGAAAGCUCAAGAUUUUUGAUAAAGGAAUUUUUUUAAAGCAUUCCCAUUUACAGAGAUGACAGAGCUACACAAUGCACACCUGCACAAGGGCUUGAGAAAAUGUGCAAUACAGGAGAGGAAAUUUAUCUCUACUGAAAUGUCGCACAGGCCACCUUUCUAAUUAAACUAUAGUGCAGAUGCAAGGAACAUUUAUAUUGAAAUUUUAUUAAAACCAGAGGCCGGACACUUUAAAGACAGAGAGUGAACAGGCAGCCUACAGUUUGCUCAAACUUGAAUACUUGGUUCAUAAUGUAUGUCUUUAUUAUAGCUAAUUUUUUCUUGUUAAGCAUUAAAUGUGACUUUUAAAAGACACAAGUGUUCUGUGCACAUUUGUGUGAAUAAAGUGCAUACUUGUUCACCUUA